GACAACGUCGGGCGCUAUGCGUGAAAGUCACGGUUUGGUUUGCACGCACGACGAGAGAACACCUACCUACAGUACCUACCUACCUAUCCACCUACCUACGCUCGGCCUGUUUUUGUUUGGGCAUCGUUCAAUAUGGCCCCGCGUGCGCCGUGUUCUUCCGCGGGGAGGCUUCGACGCGAAACGUCAAAACGUUCGGGGGGAUACCCUGAAUGAACGAUACAAGUUUCGCCGUGGCUCCCUCGCCCUUUUGGUUAUGUGCUUACCUCCUUCGGCAACGGGGGCGACCCCACCGCGAGCACUCUCCGGGAGUCUUAUGCGCCCGUAACCUCGCAAGAAAGGAUUUAUUUCGCUUACCCGAUCCUUUUGCUAAGAUAACUGUCGAUGGUUCUGGACAAUGUCACAGUACAGAUACUUGUAAAGCGACGCUUGAUCCUAAAUGGAAUCAACAUUAUGAUUUAUACAUUGGAAAGAAUGAUGGAAUCACUAUAUCUGUAUGGAAUUACAGAAAAUUUCAUAAAAAACAAGGUGGAGGAUUUCUAGGAUGUGUAUGCAUAUUAUCAAAUACCAUUCAAAGACUUAAAGAUACAGGAUAUCAACGUUUAGAUUUAUGUAAAGCUCGUUCGGAUGACACAGACGUUGUGAAAGGGCAAAUUGUAGUAUCCUUAAUGUCACGAGACGGUCACAAUGGUGCUGUAAGUAAUACGAUCGGUCAUAACGCUGUGGUCGACGUGCUUGGUGAUUUGAGUUGUCCGAACGAUUUACCGGAUGGAUGGGAAGAAAGAAGAACCGAAACCGGUCGACUUUACUAUGUAAAUCAUUAUACGAAAAGCACGCAAUGGAUCCGUCCAAAUGUUCGGCCUAACAAUGCUAUUAUACCGACAACACCGGAACCUCCUCCGUUGCUGUCAUCAGAACCGACAUCUCCCAGCAGUAGCACAAGCUCGCCAAAUGUGAGAAAUGAAGAGAGUCCUGCAAGACACACGUCGUCUGAAUGGAAUAAUGGAGACGGGACACCCAAUCAAACGCCUAGUCGAGACAACUCGACGCAAAAUACCCCGAGAAGUACACCAACAGAAACAGUUCUGUUGUUGCAGCAGCAACAACAGAAUCGCAAUCAGCAACAGAAUCAUCAUAUGAGAAACCUGACAUCGGUGGCGUCCGUGAGAGAUCGGCGCCCCAUUAGAGGAAUCGAUGAACAAAAUGGCAAUCAAAACAUAAACGGAAGGAUAGAACGUGGUUCCAACAGCGGGAGCCAAACGCGAAGGCCUAAUCGCAGCAACAGAAAUAGAAAUAAUGUAUCGAAUAGCGAUAGACGAACUGAUCCUCCGCAACCAUCGGACUUACCUCGUGGUUACGAAAUGAGGAAAACUCAACAAGGCCAAGUAUAUUUCUAUCAUGUACCAACUGCAUAUUCUACUUGGCAUGAUCCGAGGAUACCACGUGAUUUACAAGCUAACGAAUUAACGAACGAACUUGGCCCUCUUCCUAGCGGAUGGGAAAUGAGACAGACUCAGACCGGACGGGUAUAUUUCGUAGAUCACAAUAAUAGGACAACACAAUUUACUGAUCCCAGGCUGUCCAGUCAAAUCAUAAGCAAACUGUUAAAUAGGAGACAAAAUAAUAAUAUGAACUAUCAAACCACGAAUAAUGCAAAUAGUUCUGUAACGAGUGAAACUACUGAGGCGGAUACAACAAGUUCAUCAAUGGUUCAAUCUAACACGUCACACCAGUCAACAAGAAAUGAAAAUGGGAAUAACAAUAAUUCUCCAACAAUGGAAAGCACGUCAUCUCAAAAUGCUCAAACAGUGUCAGAAUUACCAAAAGAGCUUAUGGAUAACGAGCUUCUUCCAAAAUACAAACGUGAUUUGGUAGCGAAGUUGAAAUGUCUUCGAGCGGAAUUGAACGCGCUUCAACCUCAGAGUGGACAUUGUAGAUUAGAGGUGUCAAGAAAUGAAAUAUUUGAAGAAUCGUAUAGACUGAUAAUGAAAAUGCGCCCGAAAGAUAUGCGUAAAAGACUCAUGGUCAAAUUUCGUGGUGAAGAAGGUCUGGAUUACGGUGGCGUGGCGCGUGAGUGGCUAUAUUUGUUGUCUCAUGAGAUGCUAAACCCGCAAUACGGACUCUUUCAAUAUUCGAGGGAUGAUAACUACACUCUGCAAAUUAAUCCGGAUUCAGGCAUAAAUCCGGAACAUUUAUCAUACUUUCAUUUUGCCGGGAGGAUUAUAGGCAUUGCCGUUUUUCAUGGUCACCACAUUGAUGGUGGUUUCACGACUCCGUUUUAUAAAAUGUUGCUUAACAAAGGUAUAACGUUGAAUGAUAUAGAAGGGGUCGAUCCAGAACUGCACAGGAGCCUUACAUGGAUGCUGGAAAAUAGCAUAGACGGCGUGUUGGAUGCCACGUUUUCUGUAGAACAUAGCAGUUUUGGUAUGUUGAAAAAUCACGAAUUAAAACCAGGCGGUAAAGACAUUGCGGUAACGGAAGAAAACAAGAAGGAAUAUGUUCGUUUAUAUGUAAACUAUCGAUUCAUGCGAGGUAUCGAGCAACAAUUCUUAGCAUUACAAAAAGGAUUUCACGAAUUGAUUCCUCCUCUAUUACUGAGACCGUUCGACGAGCGUGAAUUAGAAUUAGUUAUUGGUGGUUUGGGCACUAUCGAUAUAAACGAUUGGAAAAUGCAUACUCGUCUCAAGCAUUGUACGCCCGAUACCCCGGUUGUCCAAUGGUUUUGGCAGAUAGUAGAGUCGUAUGGCGAAGAAAUGAGGGCAAGAUUACUUCAAUUCGUCACCGGCAGUUCCAGGGUUCCGUUACAAGGAUUCAAAGCUUUACAAGGAUCGACUGGAGCGGCGGGUCCUCGACUUUUCACAAUACACGCCGUUGAUGCACCGAGCGAAAAUCUACCAAAAGCGCAUACUUGUUUCAAUAGAAUAGACAUACCGCAAAAUUAUCCGACUUAUCAAAAAAUGCUUGACAAACUCACACAAGCGGUUGAAGAAACUUGCGGCUUUGCAGUCGAAUAAGAAGGUAUGUUUUUGCAGACUUGUCAUGAUCAUUUCUGUAUGCUAAAACAUAUUUAGGCAAUCCGAGAAAGUGAAUUUUCAUGAUAGAUAACGUUAUUUCUAAAAAAAUACUAUGUUUAUUCUCUACAUUGAUAAAACACCACAUACACAAGAUGAGUUUUAGGAGAAUUAUAGAAAGAAAGUGUUAUGUAAGAUAUCAGCGCGAUAUCUUGUUGACUUGUGUACAAAUAUGAAUGGCCUUGCAAUUAUGAAUCAUGAUCGGUACCUUGCAUAUCCAACAAAAUGAUUUACGUCCACUUUUAAACAAGUUUGAGUAACGAUUUUUAAAAUAUUAUUGGUUUUUUAAAUAUUAUUUGGUUUAAUAACUCAAGCUGUACGAGGAUCAUUACAGUUUUACAAGAAAUAUUUUGAUCAAUCUGUUUUUUAUAUUUGUAUACAUUUGAAAGUUUUAUUAAUUUUAUUUCUAUUAAUUAAAAUCAUUGAAAAUCAUUUUGUUAAGUUUAACAAAGUUAGAUUCGCGUUAAUCGAAUUAUGAUAUAAAUGUAGGACAGAGUAUGUAUGCAAGUUUUAUAAAAGAUAAAAUCUGAAAGAUUAUAUAUUAUUAUUAUAUGAUGUUCAUAUAUUGUACAGAUUUUUUAUUGAAACACGAAAAAAGUACACGAAUCAAGAAUCUCGCGGUUGUAAAUGUAGCAAUAGAUGAUGCAAUAGGGAAUCAAUUCACACAACUAACAAUGCGAUUCAUAUUUGGAAGUUUUUAAUUGUCACUCUUAUCACACACACAUGAAUAACAUUUGCAAACUGCACUGUCAAUUAAUUUCAUAUCAGUUAUCUAUCGAAUAAUAGGAAUUAGUGUGUUAAAUGAAAAUUACAUAUAUGUAUGAAAUUCUAGUAGGAGUAGACAUCAACUAAGCACAAUGCUGGCAAUCUAGUAUUUUGAAAUGUAUUACGACCUUGAUGUCUCUUCUUAGACAAGAAGUGGAAAGUUUGUAUAUAUAUAUAUAGAGAUAUAAUAAUAAUAAUAAUUCUGAACGCAAAUGUUUAAUUGAAAUGAAAUUUAUAUUACAGAAUUAUUCUGAUUUAUAGAGAGUAUAGAAAUAAUAAUAAUAUUAUUAUUGGAAAGUGUAUUUUCAAAUUCUGUGUUAAAUCAUUAAUUUGAAGUAACAUAUAUGAUAUAUGUUUUUUAUCAAAGAGCUCUCUCUGCAAAUAUAAAUUGACUUACAUUUCAUUUUUUUUAUUAUUAUUGAUUAUUAUUUGACAUCAUUACUAUUUAUUUUUUAUGCGCAGAUAAUAUUUUGAAACUAAUUAUAUUUUUACUCUUCAGGCUUGUAAUAUAUUGAACCUAAUAUAUUGUAACAUUUUCGUUCAGAGCUUUUGCGAUCAACAAAUGUUAUCGUUGUGUAAGUCCAACAAGAUCAUUUGUUGCUUGUUAAGAAUUGAUAUUAUCGAAUGCGUUGACAAGAUGUAAAUAAUUUAUUAGAGAUUAGUAUAAUAGAGUAAUAUGUAAUAAAAGUAGCGUUUCAGGCAUAGAUCGGACGUACUCGAUUGUACACGUACGGCUCUGCAAUGGAAUCACGCUGAUUUUAAUAUUGACAUUUACAAUUGUGUACAUUGGCUUUAAUUUUAAAGCAUACUUAUCUAAGGAAAGAGUUCAAUCGACGGGUUUAUGUAAGUUUAUAAUGUUUCGAUCGAACUGACUUUUGUGUUUGAAUACUUUACGAAACAUAUCCAUAUAUCUUACUAAGCUUUUAGUAAGAUAUAGCGCUAUUUCUCUCUUAUUUAUCGUACGAAAUUUUUAUUUUAGUCCAAUAUAUGAUACUAUUGUAAAACUGUCUAAUUCAUAACAUGCAUGAAUCACCGAUUUGUAUAAUUACUACAUUAUUAUGUAUUUGUAUCAUGCACAUAACUGUGAUGGAACAUAUCGUAGACGAAAACCACAGUGUGAAGGGCACCUAAAGUCUCCUUUUUCAAAUCUUGAGAAUUGGUGCAUAAUUUUAUGUUCACUUUUUUAUACACGAUAUCAUAUAUAUAUAUAGUUUUGUUAGUUCUUCUUUGGAAUAAAACGUUCCCAUAUCUUGUCUGAGUUGUGCGAAGUGUCGUCAGUGUCACCCGUUUUCAAUGUCUGAAACACGGUCUGAAUACUGAACGUGAUUAUAACGAGGAACGUAAUUAUUACGACUCACAAGUAGGAUAAUGGGUAGCUCUUAGAGCGCUAAGCUCACAUAAAUGGACAUUUCUGUAGUAAUGUCUGUAUUCUAUUGCGUUUAUUUCAACACGAAUCAUAGUCUGUUUCUCGGAUGCAGUAAAUGCUUCAAUACAUAUUUUAUCAGCGAUAUAUAUAUAUAUAUGCUAAAAAAUCCACUAAUUUUUUACGAGAUAUAUAUAAUUAUGCCAAAUAUAUGACAUAAUUAAGUAAAGAAGCUAUUUUCGAUAUCUAGAGAUUGCUACAAAUUUAAGAUUAACACCAGACUACAGGCAAUCGAGAAAGUUGAUAAAAAUGCAGAGAUUUAUUGAGAUUGAAUCAAUACAUAUUAAGAUUAAUGAAUUUUUAUUUUCACAUUUUAGAUAUUUUCUUUAUAUUAAAAUUUUAUUAAAAAACAUUUUAAACAUAAGAGAUUUUACAAUAGAAAACUUCUCUUAUAAUUUCUUUAUUGCUUUCUUUUUUUAUUACUUUGAUCAUUAUCUUGUCACUAUAUAGCAAUAAAGGCCUUGAACGUGCCUUGUUGUUGGUGUUAAUGAUAAACAGGAAAAAUUGUAUUUAUACAAUAUUUUAGGAUGUGAUAUAAAUUUUAUCCUCCUUUCAAAACAAAUAUAUAUAUAUAUAUAUAUAUAUAUAUAUAUAUAUAUAUAUAUAUAUAUAUAUAAACAUAUAUGUUACACAAGUGUCAGUUUAUACUAUGAUGAUCAUAUGAAUGAAUAAAAAAAAAUGACAGAGUAAUGAUAAGAUUACAAUUCAACUAUGAAGAAUAGCCAAAGAAGUAUCUUGAAAAAUUAAAUAUCUGUUAUUUAGAAGGAUUUUUAUCUAUAUAUUAGCUACAUCUAAAAAAAACUAGAAUAUUAUGAAUAAUUUGCAAUUUCUUAAUCUAUCAUUUGUAAUUUCUAAUUUGUCAUUAAAUUAAUGUCUCUUUCUAAAAUGAGUUACAUGUUACACAUGUGUUAGAUGGGUGAUAUUUAACAUCGAAAACUAGAUACUGAAUAUUGUAUAUAUACAUAUACUUUGUGAAUUAUGUUAUUAUAAUUUUAAUGUUAGUGAUGUGUAUAGGGAAAUUACACAUUUAGUCAAAAUUAUUAUAUUGGAUGAUAAAAUAUGAUUACUCUGUUAUUUGUCGAAUAUAUGUUGGAAGGAAAGGAAUUAUGAAUAAAGAUGAAGAGAUAAAAAAGAAAAUAAGAGAGACAAUAUUUAGGAUUCACAUAAAAUAUAUAUAAAUGAAUAUAUUGCAUAUUAGUAUAUUGCACAAAAUAAAUUUGCUUGCAAGCGGUAAAUAUUGCAGAAAAGUUUGUGAAUUAGAAAGGAGAUACACAAAUUUAAAUAUAUUAUGAUUAAGAUUUGCAAUUUGUUUUAUGUAAAAUAGCAAUAAUCUUGAGUCUCUUUUUAAUCCUUUAUCUUAUCCUGCUGGAUUAUCAGAAUCAGUUAGACAAAACCUGCAAAAGUGUUAUAUCUAUUUAGAAACGAUACAGCUUUGUAUAUACAUAUGUUGAAACUUUACCAAUAAAAACAAUAAGAGAUAUAUUGAUAAAGGAUUGAACACAUACAGUAUGAAAAAAAAUGAUAAUAAAUAACUUCGCAGUAACUAUUAUAGAUACCGGUUUUUUUAUGUCAAUUAGCCGAUGUUGAAGUAUUAGGAUUAUUAUAAGAAUAUUUUUUAUGACCGAUUAUAAAGACAGAAUCUAAUUGCGCCGGUUGACAAAAAAUUUGUAUUUUAAAAAAAUUAAGAUUUAUAGUUAGCAAUUCUCUCUCUAAAAAUUUGUGAACAAAUUUGCACAAAUCAUAAAUUAAUAUAUAUAAUUAAUAUAUUAUUAUUUAUAAUUUUAGAUUAUAAAUGACUGUCUCUCCUUCGUGCUGGUAAUUGGGAGAUUAUUAUGCAUAUUACUAUAUAUAUAUAUAUAUUAUUGCGAAUGUAUUAUUAUUACAGCUAAAAUCUCUCAUGUUUCUUAGUAUGGUCAUUUUAUUGCGCAAGCCUUUCAGGAAACAAGUGUACAUAAUUUUUCCUUUUGUAUUCUGGACGAAAUGUAUAUUUUAAUAAAAUAUUCAAAGUAUGGAUUUUUUUUUAA